CUCACCGGCCUCUUCCGCCUCCCCAACGCCACCGCCUCCGCCGCCUGCCUCGCCGACUUCAGCUCCAACCUCUCCGCCCUCUCCCUCCCCUCCGACCUCGUCCACACCUGCUUCCCCUCCCCGCAGCGCUUCGUCAUCACCCCCGACUUCUGCGCCGGCAUCCUCAAUCGCCGGAACUGGACCGCCAAGCUCGGCCCCUCCACCGCCAUCGACUCUGCCUGCCGCUCCGACCUCUCCAUCCCCACCGAGUGCUACGCCUGCGCCAACGCCGGCGUCGCCGUCACUGCCCAGCUCACCGACCUCGACGGCAACGCCUCCCACGCCACCCAGUGCUUGUACCUCGCCGUCGACUAUGCCGCCGGUGUCGCAAACCAGUUCGGCCCCGAGGACCCCCGCGCCGCCGGCUGUAUCUUUAGCCUUGCCCUCUCCUCCCUUUCUUCGCCUCCCACUCACUCCAAAUCCCACACGGCCACCAGCAUCGCCCCCAUCGCCGCCACCCUCGCCCUCGUUCUUCUCCUCUCCGCCCUCGGACUCUAUCUCCGGCUUUUCAAAUCGAAGAAAAAGAAGAAGCUUUCCAAGAAUCAGCAGCAGAGCUCGAGAUCGAGAUCCCACGCGCGUCCCAACACCGGAUCCAUCGUGUACGAUAUCGAAGAACUAGAGAAGGCCACGGAUAACUUCUCUGAGAGGAAUAUAGUAGGGCGCGGCGGAUUUGGUGUUGUCUACAAGGGGACGCUCUCCGAUGGGAGCUUGGUCGCCGUCAAGAAGGUAUUGGAGCUGAACUUGGAAGGUGGUGAUGAGAAGUUCCAGAACGAGGUGGGGAUCAUCAGCCACCUUCGUCACCGGAAUUUGGUUCCCUUGAGAGGCUGCUGCAUCACCAACGACAGCGAUGACAUCGAAGAAGCGAAAGAAAGGUAUUUGAUUUAUGAGUACAUGCCUAAUGGAAGCCUCGCCGACCACAUCUUCGCCACCUCAUUGGAUGGCGAUGGCCAUUCUGGAAAAAAUAAGUCAACUUUGACCUGGCCACAGAGGAAGAACGUCAUACUGGAUGUGGCAAACGGGCUAGUUUAUCUGCACUAUGGAGUGAAGCCGGCGAUCUAUCAUAGAGAUAUCAAAGCAACAAACAUUCUGCUAGACGGGGAGAUGAGGGCAAGGGUGGCCGACUUCGGGCUCGCAAGGCAGAGCCGCGAGGGGCUAUCGCUCCUCACCUCCAAGGUUGCUGGGACUCACGGCUACCUGGCUCCGGAGUAUGCUCUCUAUGGGCAGCUCACGGAGAAGAGUGAUGUUUAUAGCUUUGGAGUCUUGGUGCUGGAGAUCAUGAGUGGAAGGAAAGCUCUGGAUAAAUCGGCGGAGUCGAACUCGGCGUUGAUCACCGACUGGGCGUCCAAGCUGGUCAAGUCCGGAAGGGUGGAGGAGGUGUUGGAUGCGGCGAUGGUGAACGAAGGUAACCCAAAAGGGAUCAUGGAGAGGUUUGUGCUGGUGGGGAUUUUGUGUGCUCAUGUGAUGGUGGCGCUCAGGCCGACGAUCUCGGAGGCGCUGAAGAUGCUGGAGGGUGAUAUCGAUGUGCCGCCGAUACCAGACCGGCCGACGCCGCUCAGCCAUCCUUUCGGUGAAGAUGGCCCUAUCACUGCUUCACCAUAUAUUGUCAGGAACGACCUCCUCACUCCACUGGAGCAAUAA